UAGGAAGAGGAAUGAGUUAUCUGACUAAUUUAGAUUUUGCAAACUUGUGCUUGGGUGAAAGUACUAUUGAAAUACAAUGUUAAGGAAGAUUUUCAACACUCAAUGUGUCAUUUCCUUUUUUCAUGAAUCAAAUACUGAAAUACUAUGUGAUAAAGAUUUUACAUUUCAAUCGUGAAGAGUGGGAAGUGGAUAAACCAGUUCAGCUGUCUUUGGGACAAACGGUCUCGGUUUCAAAAUGGCAACACUACUGCUAUAUACCUUAGGGAGCUGCUGUGAGGAUACAAUUGGAAAAAUUCAGAAAUAUGGCAAAGUGGAAUACCCUUCCUGAUGAACUGGAGGACAAUGACAGCUUUUCAGAAUCUGUGAAGUUUGAUGCUCGAUCAAUGACAACUUUGCUACCUCUGAAUCCUAAAAAUGGCUCUACCCUUCAAGAGAAACUGAAGUCCUUCAAAGCGGCACUGAUUGCCCUUUACCUCUUCGUGUUUGUAGUUCUCAUACCUGUCAUUGGGAUAGUGGCAGCUCAGCUCCUAAAGUGGGAAUGGAAGAAUUGCACAGUUGGUUCCAUUAAUAUCAAUGAUACUCCUCAGCAUCUCAAUGGGAAAGGAAAUGAUAGUGAAGAAAUAAAAUUUCGAGAAUUUGUCACAGAAAACAUGAACAAAAUGGAGAAGAGAAUCCAGUAUAUUUCAGAUGCACAAGCCAAUCUCAUAGAUUCAGAGCGUUUCCAAAACUUCAGUGUGAUGACUGAUCAAAGAUUUAAUGAUGUUCUUGUCCAGCUGAGUACUGCAGUUUCCUCUGCCCAGGAACAUGGAAAUGAAAUAGAUGAAAUCUCCAAGUCAUUAAUAAGUCUGAAUACCACGUUGCUUGCUUUGCAGCUCAGUAUUGAAACACUGAAUGGCAAAGUCCAAGAGAGUAAAACUAAACAAAAAGAGGAGUUGAGUGAAUUAGAAGAGCGUGUGUACAAUGCGUCAGCAGAAAUUAUGUCUAUGAAAGAAAAAUAUGCAUACUUGGAACAGGAAAUAAAAGGGGAAGUGAAAAUAUUGAAUAACAUCACUAAUGACCUCAGGCUGAAAGACUGGGAACAUUCUCAGACACUGAAAAAUAUCACUUUAAUUCAAGGUCCCCCUGGACCCCCAGGUGAAAAAGGAGAUAGAGGUUUCACCGGAGAAGCUGGCCCACAAGGCAGUCCAGGCCCAAUAGGUCCCCCAGGGCUUAAAGGUGAUCGGGGAGCGAUUGGCUUUCCUGGAAGUCGUGGACUCUCGGGACCAGCAGGGAAGCCCGGGAGGUCAGGCAAUCCUGGACAGAAAGGCCAGAAGGGAGAAAAGGGGAGUAGAAGCAUAUCAUCUCCAUCCAGGACCGCCCGCCUGGCUGAUGGCAGUGGCCCCCAUGAAGGCCGAGUGGAGAUUUUCCACGACGGCCAGUGGGGUACGGUCUGUGACGACUACUGGGAGUUACGUGGGGGACAGGUCGUCUGCAGGAGUUUGGGGUACCCUGGUGUUCUCACAGUGCAUAAGGAAGCCCAUUUUGGACAAGGCACGGGUCCAAUAUGGCUGAAUGAAGUCUAUUGUUUUGGGAGAGAAGCAUCUAUUGAAGAGUGUAAAAUCCGACAGUGGGGCGUGAGAUCCUGUACCCACAAGGAAGAUGCUGGAGUCACUUGCACUUUAUAACGUAUCAUCUUUCACUCAUAUUUAUGAGAUCGUUGAACAUGAUUUUUAUUACUUUGCUCCACUAAAAUCAGUUUAAUUAAUAUUUAAGAGAUUAAGAAUAUUGUCAAAGGACACAGAAUAUUUAAAAAUCACUGGAUAAACAUAUUGAAGACCUUCAUACUUACCAUGUGUCUGUUUUUGAGCCAUUUUAACAUCUACUUUGGCAAAUGGAAUUUUAUAAUGACAUAUAUCGAAUUGAAUAUACUGAAGUUCAAGGCUUCUAGAUUAUAAAUGUCAGUAAUAAUGGACACAAAUUUCAAUCAAUGGUCCCAGUUUAUAUCUUCACCAUAAGAUUAUAAUUUUGUCUUCUUUGUAAUCUAUUUGGUUGAUUUUAAUUUAAUUGCUUUCUGUAUAAUGAGGUUGAGAAAAUUUCUCAAGUUUGCAAAAUCUUCAAUCCACACAUGUUUUUUAAAAAAGAAUCUUAUCCAGCUAUCAAGAUCUCUGAUGAGCAAUAACUGGACUGUUACAUAACAAUCUACAUCAUAAGUUUUGACCGUGUGAGAAUUUUAUCAGAAGGUUUUACAUGCUCAUGUACUAACACAGUCUGUAAUAACACAGUUAAUAACAUAGUUACUUUACAUGGUCAUGUACUGACAGGUUUUUUGUUUGUUUUUGCUGAAUCACAAAGUUAGUUGAAGCAGCACUUAUGAGAAGAGGCACAGGCCUACCAUUGCUAGGUGUCUGAAUAAUUGGUGGAUCAAAAAAGUCAUCUCUAACAUGGAGCUUAGACUGCUAUGCAUUUAAGUCGAAUAAUUACAUUGUUACAAUUCUUACAGACCGUGUUUAAAAUGCAAACAGCUACUUAACUUAUUCCAGUUAAACUAACAGCAUGCAAAUGUCUUGAAUGCAGAAGGAAGUGUCAGCUGCCCUUUGGAGUCUUGCACGAAGUCCUCCCUGCCCCCCGCUACUGUGCUGUGUUUAUAUGGUGUCAGCGUAGCUCUGCUACAGCUACAUUUUCCAAAUUUUCUUUCCCAUAUUGUCCGGUCUAUCACGGACCACAAAAGACAUUUUGUACAGGGUUGGGCAACCGAGUGUUCAGCAGCAGCUGUCUUUCCCUGUGUGCUCAGGAAGCCGCUGCAGGGGCAACAGGGCGCCAGUGCAGCCCACGCAGGCUGCCCCUGCUCUGCCGGCUCGCCUGGUCUGCAGCAAGGCAAUGCCUGCACUUCCCCACGUUCCCUUUGGAGCCCCUGUCAGCUUCUCAUGCUCCUCGGCUGGGUGCAUAUUUAGCUCCAGGAUGAAUUCACCACCUUCUCGUGAGGCUCCCUGAACCGUCAAAGCUGGAAGCAGUGAGAAAUUGGUGCAGGCUCCAGCACUAAUCCUCAUGGGUUCCAUUCUGUCCUUGCUCUCUCCCAGGUCAUGUCCCUCUUCCUUUCUAACAUGCCACCCUGCGGAUUUCAGACGACCCCGCACCAGGCACAAAAACAGCAAACUUUUCUUAGACUGCUCAAUCAGCAACUAAAACACACAAUUGCACAAGGUCAAAUAUAUCAUAAAAGGAGCAAAGGGAAAGUAGCUCUGGACUUGGAGACAGUGGGCUUAGGCAGGACAAGAGAAUAUAAGGCAUUGAAGAAUUGCAAUGAGCUUGAUAUUUAGAAUCUUCCAGUUUACAAAGAAAUUAAAUCAUUUUUAAUUAUAUUGGCCGUUGAACUGUGCUAUCUGGAGGCAAGGCUAUGCUAAGUUUGAAACACAUGGACCCAGGGUUUAAGAGCAUUGCAUUAAGUAUCAGACUCUUAUGCUGUAGGUUUUUCUACACAAAUGUCAAGUACACAAGUGAUAUUUUUAAAGAUUUUAUUUAUUUAUUUUUAGAGAGGGAAGGGAGGGA